UUACAGCUAUUUUUAUAAUUUCUAAAACACUUGCUCAUUACCCAAAAUCUUUUUGGUCAUUCAGUAAAUUACUUAACUCUCCAGAAACUACAUCGCUAUCUUCAGACCUUCAGUCCAGAGGCAGUGAUAUAAUUUUCGAAGAGUUAAGUAAUUUGCCAAAUGACCAAAAAGAUUUUAG